UGUUUAUCUUUUGUGUUUUGUUUACAAGCCAAUUUGUGAAAUUUUCACUUCGUGUUGAUUUUAUAGAAGUUUUAAAUUAAUUGUAUUGUAUUAUUUAGUAAAAAUGUCUUCUGAAAGAUGUUUAACAACUAGUAGAGGUGUUGUUGUGUUCUCAAUCUAUGAUUAUUUAAAAGAAAUCAAAAUUAGACCGGCUUUAUGGGAUAAAGAUCAUGUUAAUAGAAUAAAUCGUUUUAUGGACUGGGAUGAUGUAGUUCGCUCAGUGGUGCCCUACUUUGAUGAAUUGCCAACUAAGGAAAAGCAAGAACUUAAUUUGGAAAUGAUGAAGUUAUGGAAAAAUAUCACAAAUUUAUUAAUGAGAACAAUAAAAAUUAAAAAUAGUGGAGAUCCCAAAUAUCGCCCCUAUCGAUAUGCUCAUCAUAUGGAAUUCUAUUUAAACAAUCGAGGUAUAUCUUUAGCUGAAGUUGGCACUCCAGAAGAAUUUAAAGCAAAUGAUGAGAUCGGAAGGAAGCAUAGCGAAAAGAGAAGGAAAUUAAAAGCUAAAAAAGAGAAGAAGAUUUUAAAAAAUAUUGUCGAUCAGGGGGAACAGGAUAAUUGCAAUAAUAUUUUACCCGAUGUCAGCAGCUAUGAUCCCAUGUUAUUUUGUGAAACUACAACCCGAGAUUUCAAUAUAACUGAACACGUAUAUGAUUAUCCUGUUUAUGAUUCAAAUAACUUUGAGUCUGACAACGAAGAAGAAGAGGAAGAUCCCGAUCAAGAUUUUUACGAUUCAAUUAAACCUUUUUUAACAAAACUAGACCGAGCUCAAAUGUUGGAUUUUAAAAUAGAAUUUUUGCAAAUCUUAAAGAAAUAUCAAUCCCAAAAUGCUUAAAUCACACUGAAAGAUUUUUUAUAUAUAUUCGCCAACAAUAUGGCAACAUUGUUUUUCUUUUUGCGCCAUUCUCAGUUCUUAUUUUAUUUUAUUCUGUUUUGUUUUAUUUUAAGUGAAAAGUUGUGCAUU